GAGGCAACAAGCACACAGCGGGGUGACAUCAGCCUUGCGCUGAUGCUCUCAUCCGAUUCCUGGAGGGAGAGCCUUGAGCGGCAUCGCACAGUGCUCACUGACCAAAGUUCCAUACCACACACCUUCCGAACACAAUGCACUCUUGAAAAGCCUUGGAACUCAUUUUCUCACCGAUAAAUCGCCCAUGGACGCAGUUUGGCGAUAAGCGCAUCAAACGUUUCAGGUCUUUCAGCUCUAUGACGCGGGACUCAUGAUGGAGAAUCUCACAACUUCCGACCCUCCUCCUCCCCCUCUGCAACAUGGCGGCCCGGGAGGAAUGCCGCCCGUUCUAGGGCGUCCGCCCCCGCCGCCCCAGCAACUGCCGGCGCAGAUGUUCACCACCGCGGCGCAGCUCUUGGAUCUAACGGACAAGAAGCUCAUGGUGGCACUACGCGAUGGGCGCAAGCUUCUGGGAAUCCUGCGCAGCUGGGAUCAGUUCGCAAAUCUGGUACUGCAGUCCACCAAGGAGAGGAUUUUUGUGCCGCCUGGAACAGCGCCCAAUCAGCCGCGGGGACUGUACGCAGACAUCGACCGCGGCCUCUUUCUCGUCCGCGGAGAGAACGUGUUGUUGCUGGGCGAGAUCGACCUCGACAAGGACGACGACCCGCCGCCUGGGUACGACCCGGCCGAUGUUGAGCUUGUCCAAAACUUGGCCAAGCAGAAGAAGCAGCAGGAUAAGUCUCGAGAGAAGAAGAAGGUCAAAAUGCUGGCCACGGAGGGAUUUGAAGGGGAGAAUCUCGGCGAGAUCCUCCUCUGACGCAGGGGCGAGAUUCGAGGUCCGGGGAGAGAUGGGAUCUAACAGUAAGACAGGUGGCAUGGAGGCAGAAUAUUGUGAAAUGCCGGCCACUACUUCGGUGAAUUACGAAUCACGGCACUUCGGAAGGGAAAAGUGCUCAAACAUAGGAAUGGGCUAGGAUGCAUAAUUCCGCGAUAUUCGAGUAUUUUGGGCAGCUCCGCGAGCUUGUCGGCCUGAUCAGGCCAAUUUCAGGCCAACGUUGUUUGUGCCUUGGUGCUGUUGUCUUCUUUACGGCGCGGCGGACAUGG